CCACUCGAUCCGUACCCUCAUACGCCGUGCAUUCAUCGCGCCUCGUGGACGUGCCGUGGUUGUGUGGCCAAAAGAAGCUGACAAAUUUAAAAAACCCCUCAAUCCGAACGAGCCUGAAUAUCCUUAGAUACUGGAUACGAAACGAACUUUUGUGUGCCCUGUGAAUUUCGGUGUUGUGCCCAUUCGAACGGUUCUAAACGAAACUAACCAAAUAGUUUCUUGUGCGUGAAUUUUGUAUCCGUUUUAUCUUGGAUUUUCCCUAGCUGUUGCUACACAAUCCUUAAAGAUGACGCCCAACAUAAUAGGCAGCACCUUCAUACUGGCCGAGACGGCCAUUGCUGACGGCAACAACAACAAGGUGGCCGCCGCUCCCGCUUCCUCAGCCACGACCCCGAAGGCCGUGAAACAAGCGCCCGCCAAGAAGUCGGAGCCCGUGGCUGAGACUGAGAAGAAGCCCUUCCAAAUGGAGAUUGUUUGGCGCAACGUGGGCCUCUUCAUCGUCCUCCACUCGAUGGCUCUGUACGGUCUCUACCUGGUCUUUGCCGAGAGCGCCUACAUGGAGCUCUUACCCGUGUACGCGACCAUGUUCCUGGGCGGUCUGGGCAUCACGGCCGGCGUCCACCGUCUGUGGUCGCACAAGGCCUACAAGGCCAAGCUGCCGCUGCGCAUCUUCCUUAUGCUGUGCCAGUCCCUGGCCUUCCAGAACAGCAUCUGGGAGUGGACCCGUGACCACCGUGUGCACCACAAGUUCACCGACACACACGCCGAUCCCCACAACUCCCGACGCGGCUUCUUCUUCGCCCACAUGGGCUGGCUGAUGUGCAAGAAGCACCCGGACGUGACCAGCAAGGGCAAACAGAUCUCGAUGGCCGAUAUUGAGGAGGAUCCCGUGGUGAUUUUCCAGAAGAAAUUCUACUUUGUUGUUAUGCCCAUCUGCUGCUUCGUGGUGCCCAUGAUAUUCCCCUACUACUUUAUGGGCAGCUCGCUGCGCGUCUGCUUCUUCACCUGCUCCAUGCUCCGUUUCUGUCUGUCGCUGCACUUCACCUGGCUGGUGAACAGCGCCGCCCACUUCUACGGCAUGAAGGCCUACGACGUGAAUGUGAGUGCGAGGAACAACAAGUUGGUGUCGACCCUCACCAUCGGCGAGGGAUGGCACAACUACCACCACGUCUUCCCCUGGGACUACAAGGCAGCCGAGCUGGGAACCUACAGCUUCAACUGGACCACUGCCUUCAUUGACGUGAUGGCAAAAAUCGGUCAGGCCUAUGAUCUGAAGUUCGUCUCGCAGGAGAUGGUGUACAAGCGGGCGCUGCGCACUGGCGACGGCUCGCACAUUGCCGCCCUGAUGGAUGCCAACAACAACAAUGCCAUCCCCACCAGCGAGCUGGUGGCCCAUCUGGACCACGAGAAGGAAGAGCACGCCAUCUGGGGCUGGGACGACAAUGACAUCAGCGAGGAGGACCGAAAGAGCGCCUCCGUUGUGAACAAGGAGUCCGACUGCAAGCGAGACUAGGCAGGGAGGGCCCCAUCGAGUGGGUCAGCAGUUACCAAUCCUAACUAAGCGAACUAACGAACAAAUUUCUUGUUUCACAAUCGGGUCUGCAGUAUUUAAUAGUAGCAAAUAAUGGCUCUGCUCCAUACUGCCUACUCAUAAGUGGUGUCUGUUAAUACGAGUUUGGGGAAGGAAGUCCGAGCAGCGGAGCGACGGGAGGCGAGGCGCAGACCCGAUUGCAAAUUUUGAAGGGUUCCACAAGAAACGUUUUACAAAUCAAUGGCUUCAAUUCCAAAUACAACCAAGAAGAAAACUAUUCGAGAUUAGUCAAAGCUACAUGUGCAAAGCAACAAAUUGUUAACAAAAUCUGCACGUUUAUUAAUUUUUUACACAACCUUAUCUCGCACUUGUCGUUCAAGGCUGAACGCAUCUGCCACCCUCUCUCUAUCUCUAUACCUACAUAUAAAUAAUUGUAUAUUUACGCAAGAGGUUCUAGAAUUAAGUGUACCUACUAAGCUCUACUCUAAGCAUCGACUUUUAUGCGUGUGUACAUUGUGUUAGUCAUAAAGGUCCCAACUGUACAUUUCAAUCCAACAAUUGUUGCGAAACUCUACAAACAAAAUUAUAUAAAACUUACAAAAAAUCA